AUGUCCCUGGCGGACAUGUGCGCUUCAGUAGGAUUGGUUAUGGACGGUCAUUUUUACACCUCCUCAUCCUCAUUGAAGGCUUCCACCUGCAGUAAGGUUGACUCCCCUGAGUCAGAUUGCUUGACGGUCUCAGCGUCGUCUCCACUAUCAGAUUCUUCUAGUAUAUCGUCACUUGGAGUGCUGGAAGCAAGUGUUGCUACCAGCACUUCCCACAACAUAGCAAUCAGCAACUUCAAGGCAGGCGACCUUGUAUGGGGAUUUACUGGAUUGGAAGAUUAUAGUCUUGUUUCAUCACCACAACUUUCCUUUAAAAUCGAGCAUACAGAUGUUCCACUUUCCUACUAUACUGGGAUUCUUGGCAUGCCUGGCAUUACAACCUAUGCAGGCUUGUAUGAGAUUGGAUCUGCUAAGAAGGGAGAUCGUGUCUUUGUCUCUGCAGCAUUUGGUGCUGUUCCGCAAUUAGUUGGAUAA